UUUAUUACAACAACACGAGGAAGCACAAAACAAACAAACAGAUAUUCUAAAAACAAAGAAUCACAGUAGUCGGCGAAGUUUCCUUCUUUGGUUUUGCUACCUUUCCUCAGUGUCCCGCUUGCUCCAAAUUCUCAGGCUUCCCAUUAAGAGUUAACCCAGAACCACACACGCCCACGCCCAAACUCAUUUCCUGGACAUGGGUUUGUUGGAUACCUUCCUCAAUUGGCUUCGCAGCUUAUUCUUCAAACAGGAAAUGGAACUUUCACUAGUCGGGCUUCAGAAUGCAGGAAAGACAUCUCUUUUAAAUGCCAUUGCUACAGGAGGGUACAGUGAGGACAUGAUUCCAACAGUUGGAUUCAACAUGCGGAAAGUAACCAAGGGAAACGUGACAAUUAAGGUUUGGGACCUUGGAGGGCAACGCAGGUUCCGCACAAUGUGGGAGCGUUACUGUCGUGGGGUCUCCGUGAUUGUGUAUGUAGUUGAUGCUGCUGACAGGGACAGCGUUCCAAUAUCUCGAAGUGAGCUACAUGACCUCUUGAUGAAACCUUCCUUAAAUGGAAUUCCUUUACUUGUUCUUGGUAACAAAAUCGACAAGUCUGAGGCUCUUUCAAAGCAAGCAUUGGUUGAACAGCUGGGCCUUGAUUCAAUCACGGACAAAGAGGUAUGUUGCUACAUGAUCUCAUGCAAGGAUUCCAUAAACAUAGAUGUUGUGAUUGAUUGGCUGAUCAAACACUCCAAAGCAGCAACCUGAUCUUUGAGUGAUCCUUUCCUGGCAUUUGAAGAACAUAGUUUGUAAGGUGGUUUGAUGAAACAUUGAGGUUCUGUCCAUGAUAUUAGGAUUUAGCUGUUCUCCAAAAAGAUUGAUCUGUAUAUUCGAGUCUGUCAUGUUUUUUUCUUUUCCGUAUCUCUUGAAGUCUGCUGUACCUGGAUGGUUUUAUCUUAAAAGUCCCCUAGCUUGUUGGUUUCAAAUUAUGUUUGUACUUCAUGUUGUAGCCAGGUUGCGAAAUUUGAGAGACGUGACUUAUAACGGCUUUUUUUGCCAGGGGAAUGUUUUGGAAUUGAGCUCAUUUUAUGGAACCCUUUUAUCACGAAGAAACUA